AUGUUGGAAGGAGGAUCACCAGUGCCUCGCCGUAAGCCGCGUCUCACCGAGGAAAGGUCAGCAAUAUUUUCAUCGUUUUUUGCCCCGCGUAAUUACGGCCUUCCUUCGCGAAUUGUCAGCGCGCCGCCAGCUAAAUUAUACUUCCUAAUGCUUCUGUUCAGAAGAUCUUAAUUCGAGAGAAACUUAUGAUAUUCUGAAAUUAGAGUCAAAUGUAUUUUUGACCCUUCAUUUUUGAGGUCUUGAAGAAGUUCAUAUUUUCAAAUUCAAAUUCCUUUUAAAUUCCUGAUUUUUCAUAACGACUUAAUUAUUGAAAAAGUCUUGACACAGGAAAAGUAACAAAAUAAAUUUUCAUUCUCUCCAUUUUUUUUUUACCGUUCGGGAAUAAUCGAAAUCAAUUUCCACAGCUCUAAAAAUCCAAUUUUUUUUAAGGCAUAAUUUCUCUGAAACUUUUCCGUAACUUCAUAAUUUAUGAAUAUUCCUAAAAUUCGAAAAAAACUCGGUUACGAACUUAUAUAUAAAAAAAUAAUGGGGUUUAAACAAAAAAACGUUACGAAAAAUUUGAACUUGAAAUUUUUUUCAACGAUUUCAUAGAUUACGAGAUCUACAAGAUAGAAAAAAAUGGGAUCUACCCGGAGCAAUGCUCAAUUUUUUUCAUUGAAGAAAAAAAUUCAUCAAUUGAGCUUUACUUCUGAUUCUCCAAAAGAAUAGAUCUCUUGGAACAAUUUGAAAAUAGAAAGGGCAUCCAUCUCAAUUCAACUACUUUUUUCGCUUUGCGUACUCGAUUGUCUAGAACCCAGAAAAGAGUCAGAAUGCUGGAAAUCACGGCGACGACUGCAUUUGGGAACAGGGAUUUCCUUCUCGACGUGUUCUGUGAUUGCUUCGCGUCGUGUUGUUUUGCCCGCUUGUCAAUAACGUGCCGGAUAAUUUGCAGAAACGUUCAGUUUAUAGCCUUGGUCUUUCAAAAUAUUAGAUAUUCAAGGCCAUAUCUUUUUUUUUGCAAUUCUUAUUUGAACUUUUUUUUUUUGAAAUACUUCACAAUGAUGUGCAUGGAUAUAUAUCUUUUUAAAUUUACAGACCUCAUAAACUAGUCUUUUUCGAAAAAGAAACUUUUCGAAUAAUUGACAUUGCGGCUUCUAAAGGUCUUCGAAAAUUCAAAAAGCAAACCUUUUCACAGUUUUAACAUCGCUGACGGCCAAGAGAACAGACAUUUAAUUUUAUGAAUUCGUUUUCUCGAAAUUUCAGUUUUCCGAUAAGCAACCCCUUUUGACCAACUUUUUGAACAACCAGAGAAGCUGUAGCUGGUGGGAAGUAUGUAAACAUUCGAAGUAAAUGACCUCACGGCUUCCGAAAAGCUCAAAAAUCGAGGCCUUUCAAAAUUGCUCCAAAGUCAUAAGAGGUCAAUCUAGAUUGCUUUUGAUGAAAAUAUUCGUCGGAGCAGUAAAACUUUUCAUUUUUUCCUUGAAUUCAAAGAACGGCUUGUUCCCAGCCAGUUCUUGUUUAUAUCCAAUAAACGGCUCGAAAUUAGCAAAAAGGCUAUAAAUAAACAGAUAUCGCCACAUGUCCACUUCAAAAAGUUUUUUUGCAGUCCCUUUAGCUAAUUUUGAUAAUUUAUUGAUUUCUUAGUUUUUUUAAUGUUUCUUCAUUUUUGAACACAAAAAAAUAAAAAAAGCUGUUAGUUAACUCAGAAAAUUUGUUUAAGAGGUCAAGGUAUGGAAAAAAACGGAAAUUCAUUUUUUUAAUUUUUUUAAUUUUUUUGAACUUAAGAACUUCAUAACUGGAGAGAACAAAUUGGGGGAAAAAAAGGAAAGAAUGAAACAAACUUAUAUUCACCGCAAUAUUGGAUUAGCUGUAUAAGUUCAUUGAAAUUCCCUCUUGCUAUAUUUCAAAUUUUUUCUGUUGAAUUGAGUUUGAACUUAAAAUUUUGACCUCUUCAGUUUCUCUGACUGCAUAAUGGGAAAAAAGCCUCGCAACCUCUUCUUUAGUUCACCAAACUUGGUAAUUAUCUAUGAGGUGAUGGUAUGUUUCCAAGGGAUAAUUUCAAGCCUAUACUUCCGUUUUUGACUUUUUUCUACUUUUCAAGGAAGUUCCUUUUACUCAAUGGCUGUGAUUUUUCUGCAAGUUGGUUGGUAUGCCCUUUAGUGUAAAGUUUAUUUUAAAAUUUUAACCAGCAAAGUGUUUCAGUUUUCCAUGGAACAAACUUUGAGGUCAAAGAAAACUUUUGGAAUAAGGGUUUCUUUUUUCAAAAUUUUAGCCUUUUUUCACUUCAUAAGGUUCAGCAAGUUGAAAGUUUUAUGAUUCCGAACAAAGAAAAAUCCGAACAAAAUAUUAUAACGUCUUUUCUUGCCAGAAUGAAAAAGAACAACAUGUUCAUCUUCAUAUUCGUCCUUUUUUCUCCAGCUUUUUUUCCAGUCGAUUUGUUUCCCGGAUGGGUGUGCGCGAGCCGUCAUUUAGUGAAUACAUUUGCAACUGAAAAAAGAACCCUCAGCAGCGUAAUUCUAUUUUGUAUCUUCUUCGUAGAACGAUUGGUCUGCAACUAAAAAAAAUUUAGUGGAACAAAUUGUUGGCAACAAACGCUUCUUCCGACAUUGCACUCUGUAUUAUUUAUUAGUUGCGCGGUAGUUUUCCCUUUUUUGGUCCCAUUCUCAUUCAUGCUCUCCGUCAGAAGGAAUUUGCCCUCAGUCAGUCUUUGUUUUCAGGAAUUUUCUUCUAUUUUUCUAGACGCCAUAACUUUAUAGAUUUAAGCCAAGCGUGAAACUGUAACAUAAAAAAAGUUGGAGGUGAACUUUUUUCCACAAUUGAUAAAGCGCCUUAGUUUUAAACAAUCGGAGAUGUCUGGACUCUUCAACUUUGACGCUGAAGUCGUAACUGAACUUAGAACCUAAUUUCUAGGGGAAAAAAAUCCUAUAAUUUUUCAAAGAAAAGAUUUUUUCGCAAGUGAAAAAUCUGAGUUAUGUGGCAAAUUCAGUUGAAUUCCAUGCUUGGGAAGUAAUCACUUUGUGACUCAUAAAAAAAUAUUGAUGAUAAGCAUCAAGCUUCUUAAUUAAAAAAAUAAAUAUUACUCACUUUCUUGCUCAUCCCAGUUCAAGGUAUUCCGGCUAAAAACAAAUAUUAGUCAGUGUCUUACCUUUUCCAAUUCAAGGUAUUCCUACUAAAUCAAAUAUUAUUCAUCGUCUUCCCUAUUCCAAUUCAUGGUAUUCCGACUGCCCAGACGCCUUAACCUUCCCAACUCAUGUCAAGCGGAAUAAUGGUCGAAACAGAAUUUUGAUUAAAAACAUGUUAUGGCCAUUUCUAUCACAUCUUAACGUACCUUUCUUUGCCCCGCCUCUCUAAAAUUCUUUAUAAGUUUAAAAAAGCUGUGUCUACCCCCGAAAAUAAUGUUUUUGUCUCUGUUUCCCAAAACCCUUUACUAGAUCCCUUUUUUUAAAACAGCAGACAAAGGCUCAUAAAAAAUUUUGUAGGCUCCAAUAAUUGGCGCCUUUGGCGGCCCUUUUUCAACCUCAUCACAUAUUUUUUAACUGCUAUUAUAUUGGAAGCUAAAAAAAUAGCACAGUUUGAAAAUAGAAAAUUAAAAGAAAAAAAACAUGGAAAUAAAUAAUUUCCAGUUUCGAAAUUUUAUAACUUCAAAAUGUUUAUAGAUGAUUUUUUUCAUAAAAUUUAAGUAAGUAGAGUUUUUUUCAAACUUAAGAGCUUGACAGACAAUAAUUCUAUAGAGAUAAGUUACAGGAAGCCCCUUAAUAAAUCAAAAAUUUUUUUCUCAAAAAAACGAGUUUUUUUAUACACAAUGAGGCAUAAAUUGUGCCUUCAAAGCUCUGUUUAUCAAUUUAAUAAUGAAAUUUCCUGCUUUGCUUAUGAAGGCUUCACCUUGUGUGUACUUUUCCCAAAAGAAUACAAUCGACAGCGAAAACAAAAGGCAAGCAGCAAAAACAAUAAUAUCAGAUAUUUAGGCUGCCGGCAACGUUUUUCUUCUUUUGGUAUGCUUUUUUGAUUUUUUUUUUCCGGUUUCAGAAAAGAGAAACAUUAGGCGCCGAAAUUCAAAGGCAACAAGGCGCGUCAUAAAUAUUGAUUGAAUCAUUUUUCUCCGUCUCAAAAGGGUGCCCAAUAAGUUGGUGUGAGAUUGGCUUCCCAUUGAAAUUCUGUUAAUUAUUGAAUAAUUCGGAUUUCUUUUUUGACUGAAAACCUCUUUGGUAACUUUCCUUCAAAUUUUUACUCAACGGAAAAAUCACACUAAGCGACCGAUUCCAAACAAAAAAGGAGACGGCAAACACCAUUUUCCCGUUUCAAUCUCCACUACAAAGAAGAACUCAGUGGCUCGCUUAUUUUGCCUUCAAAGCCUGUCUCAUAUUACGUGUGUUGCGAGAGGCAGAAGGAAAAAAGGAAAGAAAAAAAUCGAAGAAAAUGCGAGCUUGGUUUUGCUAUUUCCGGUAACUAAUUCCUCUUGCGGGGAGCUUUACGCAACACAUUAGUGCUCAAUCGAAUUUAGAGAUAUUUGGAAUUUCAUUCACUUUUUUCUGAAAAAAUCCCCAUUUCUUUCGAGUUGUUGAAUGAUAUCUGAGAUCAUCAGGAUCACUAAUAACGAUACAUUUUUCACGAAUUUAAGAUUUGUACCCUUCAUUUUCAUUCUUUCUUUCUUUCGGUCCCAAAAUUUUGUUCCGUGUUGUUUUUUUUUUUCGAGCGCUCCACCUAAUGAAAUUCAAAGACUGCCGCGAAAUGUGCAAAUGAAAAUUAGGGAGGCAAGCUGGCGUCGCACAAAAGAACAAAAAGCGAGGAAGGGCUCUCGGUGAUGAGCCUGAUGGAUGAACCUUCGGUUGUUAGUAGGAAACAGUCGGCGAGUGAUCUCCAAAGUCGUCUCAAGACUCGAAAGCUGCUCGGCGUUGGCGAAUUGGCGAGGAAUGGCGACGUCUACCGGUCUAAGGUAUAUUUCUGUUCAAACACUGCUUUCUCACGUUCGAAAUAGAAACUCAAAAAAAAAAAAUAUUUUGACUUUCGUCUUUUUUUUUAUUUGUUCCGUAUAAAAGCACUUCCUAAACCGGGAAUUUCCCCAAACUUAUCACAUGGAAUGAAAUUUCGAAUUUUUUUCCUGAUUCCGUUGAAGUCGAUUUCUAAACAAAUACUUUCAGGCUCCUUUUUUUGAUACAAAUUAUUUCAAACUAGUUUUUCAAUGAUUUUUCAAUCUAGCCUAAACCAUGAAAGCUCAAAAAAAUCAAAAAACUAAGAUUUUUUUUUGCAAUCCUUUUCUUGGACUCUUCUCCUUUUCAUCUCCUCUGAGAAUUCGAAUCUAAUUGAAAUUCGAACAAACUAGAAAAAAGUCGAAAUUUUUCUUCCUGGUGGUCUCGAAACACAAAAUUAAUUGAAUCAGAGAAGACCUGGAUGAAUAAUCAGAAAGUUGCAGAUUUCCCAGCUCCUCGGCAUCAAUGAAAGUUUGUACGUUCGGCUGCCACGAGGGCUCAUGUACUGGAACACCGUCAACACCUUGUACUUUUACAUGACGGGAUUUUUGGUUAGUUUUUCAAAAAUGGAUACUAAAAAACUCUUUAUGAAAUGCAUAAUGUUUUGAAAAAAAGUUUUUUCAAUCCAAACUUUUUCAGUGCAUUGUGCUUCCUCGAGCUGGAAUUCGGAUUGACUAUGGUGUCAGCGUCACUUCAGACCAAUCUUUGGCGCUCAUUCGUCUCUAUGGAGCCGUUCUCCUUUCCUAUGGCCUUCUCUUCAGGUUAUCCAAAUUGAAAAAGGAGUUUAGGGUUUUUUUUUUCAGAAGUAUUCUGUUGCAACGAGAAACUCGAGCCGAAAUCGCCACUCUUCUGCUGGUCACUGCAAUUCUUCACUCCCUCCAAACUGCGGGUAACUUUUCCAAAACUAAGAAAUGUCGAAGCUUUGCGUUCCGUUCUAUAGUGUGCCGUAGUGCGCAAGUAGUAUCAAGUCGGCUGAAAGUUGAAAUUAGCAUUCUGAGCUGCUUUUCUGCAAUCAUCAUUUCGAAUUUUCAGUAUCAAUCAUCGCCGGAAUGGCUAGCCCUCUGAAUAUUGCGCUUCACCUGGGAAUCAUCAUUGGAAAUCUUUGCUACCACACCUUUGUUGAUGGUCAAGGUAUUUUUUUUUUGCUUUUUUUUUUACUAGCAUAGGCUUCUAUAAAGUGAGUUCCUUUUCGCUGCAAGAAAAGUUUAGAUUUAAAAAAAUACAAAAGAAGAGAGAUAAUUGUCUCGACAGGGCGUAAUUUAAUUAAACUUCCCGCGUUCGUUUGAAUGUUGGUUUUUUUUUUGUAGCAAAAGAUUAGAGUUUUCUUGGAAUAAAUGUACUUUUUCUGUUUUCAAUCUGAUGAACCGUCUAAUUGGGUUUGAAUAGGCGAUAAUUUUACUUUCUUAGAAACUUUGUGAAAAAGUUUCUGAUUUCUAAAAUUCAAUAUGUAGAUUUUUCGGCUAUCCGAAUGAUUGAAAAAUGCUGAAUAUUUUGUCAGGUUACAAUUUGGCCCCGAAAAAUAAAAGGAAAACUCAAAUUGAGAAUAAGGCGCUAAAAGGAGUUUUCAAAGAGUAUGUUGCUAAGUAUGUUGCUCAUGUUACAAAGCUUUUUUUCCACAGAAUGAUUACGUUAAAAUAAAAAAAUGAAGGGGGUGAACAGACUAUAUUUCAGAAAUUUAUCAAGAGUGUAAAUUUUCUGAUUGUCGUGAAUUUCGAUUGUAAUUGACCAAAAAAAAAGUUUGGUUCAGCCAUUUUGCAAUUUUUCGAAACUGCAAUUGGUCACUCAAACAUCCCAUAUAACUUACAACUUCUUCCCAAAAAGAACAACAAGAAAAAAAAACAUACGAAGCGUUGAAAAAUUCAUUAUCAUCUUCAAGCUACUGAUAGGAGCGAAAACCAUUAAAGGUCGGGUGCAAAUAUGAAAAGAGUUCCCAGACGCUAUUUUUUCGUCGAUAGUAAGACUAAAAACAUUGCAAUUCAAUCAAAAAAAAAAUUUGAGUCUUCAAAUUUUCAGGCGGUCUCCACCGACAAGUCUUCCGUAUCAUUGAAGACUACUCAUUGAUUUCGAAUUCUCCAAUCGUCGAGAAGAAACCCUUGGUCGACUUGAUCAUCCCAACCGAUUCCCAUACCAAAUGCGAAUAA